UCACAGGAAGAAACCUGCUUCAAACUUCCUGCAAGUUUUCUACAACUUUGUAGAGCGGUCUUCCUGCUUCUGGAAAACUUAACAACGCAACGUCAACCAGCAUGACAACGCUCCUUCGCAGAGUGGCCGGGCCGAGGUGCUCAUCGUGGCGAUGCCUGGGUGCGAUUCUGCGGGAAUCGCGCAGCCGAACCACCAAUCUGCUUUCCCGGGACGGAGCGCGAACGCUGGCCGGUGCCAGUCGCCCUUUAACGGGAUACAGUCGCGGGUACAUCCGGGGGCAGCACACAGAGGCGGCAGAUCCUGUAGAGGUGGAUUUAAAGCGGUUAGAAGGAGGGGAUGAUGGGAUAGUGGAGGUGCUGAUGUGCCGACACAAGGCAAGAAACGCUCUGGGCCAUGUGUUUGUUUCACAGAUGAGGGAGCUGAUGUCCACUCUGUCCCAUGACUCAACUGUGCGUGUGAUUGUCUUCAGGAGUUUGGUACCAAAGGUUUUCUGUGCAGGUGCAGACCUGAAAGAGAGAGCUCUCAUGAACAACACUGAGUCUGAUCUGUUUGUUCACGGCCUGCGUUCGCUCAUGACUCAGAUAGCUUCGUUGCCCGUGCCAACCAUCGCAGCCAUGGAUGGCGUUGCCCUGGGAGGUGGACUGGAGCUAGCGUUGGCCUGUGACCUCCGCACUGCAGCGUAUUCGGCACAGAUGGGUCUGAUUGAGACGACACGGGGGCUGCUCCCAGGGGCGGGGGGCAGUCAGCGGCUGCCGAGGAUGGUUGGCAUCACUCUGGCCAAGGAGCUCAUCUUCACAGGUAAGCGUGUGGGAGGACAGACAGCUCUGGAGAUGGGGCUCGUAAACAGAGCUGUAGAGCAGAACCAGACAGGAGACGCUGCCUACGGAGAGGCACUCAGCCUGGCCAGAGAGAUACUGCCCCAGGCUCCUAUCGCUCUGCGGAUGGCAAAAGAAGCAAUGAACAGAGGCGUUGAGGUUGACAUCACUUCAGCGAUGGCUAUAGAGAGGAUGUGCUAUGCUCGGGUUAUCCCCACGCGGGACAGACAGGAGGGUAUGGCUGCCUUCAUAGAGAAGAGACCUCCGCGCUACACUGGGGAAUAGACUCUUCUGAGUUAUUGAAUUUCUCUCUUACACACAGAUGCACAAUGCUCUCUAUAACUUCAUGUCUGAUACACAAUUAACAGCCAUUGAUUGUCUGGUGUGUAUUCGAGACAGUGUCAAUACAUUAGUUAAGGUCAGUCUAAUCCUGACUGGUGAUAUUCAGGAUUCAACUGACAAAAGGUGAUUUUUUUUUAGUUUGGUACAAAUCACAAGAGCAAAAUAUGAUGAAAGAUUUUGUUAUUAGUUGAUUUUGGUAUUAGUUGUUGAUACUUGAUAUCUUUGACUGAAUAAAAAGGCAACACCA